UCUGUCAAAUCAGUUUCUUUAAUAGUUGAAUUUGUCCUAUUUCCGUGUAGUAUGUUCAUGUAAUAUAAAUUUUUUUCCGUGAGAUGUUAGCUAAUUUUACUUACGCUUUUCGAAAAUAUGGAAACGCGUCCUAUAAGCUUAAUUAAUUCUCAUACCUCUGAAACUGUUUGGUUGAAUGGAAUAAACAAAUAAUUACAGUACAUAAAGUUCAUCGCUGAUACUAGAGAGAAUGUACGAUACAUGAUACGUCACACGGAUAAUAACCUAGAAAUUUGUCGGAAACAAAUGUUUCAAUUGCGAACAUAAUCAAACAUUUCAGUAUUUCCAGUUUAGUGAUGGACUGGAUAGAGUAUUGAAUCUUGUUCGGUUACUAUUUUCCAAUCAAUUUUCAGUUGUGUAAUCGAUCGUACUUGAUAGCUAUCGCUGGAAGAAAGUGAAAGUUUGGAAAUAGGCCACAAAAAUAGUAUUUAGCAUUCUAAAAUGAGUGUUUCACGACUACUUCCAUUUCAUCUUACAACAUCUCAAAAGGUGAUAGUUGUUUCCGUAACGGCAGGUGUUGCCGUUCUCGGAGUACUUGCCAGCUAUUUGGGUCGCCGCAGAACUCCCAAACCUCAGCAACGAAGGCUUCGCAAACUUGGUGGAAGGAAAGCUAGAAACAGUGUUCGUAGCCCAAAUGAUAUCAUUUCGUUAGCAGGUUCCAGGGCAUCCGGUCGUUCCUACAGCCCUGGUGGUUCUAUUCAUGCCUUGUCGGACAGAAUGUCACUCGCCUCUGGCUCAAUUAUUGCAGGCGCUGGACCUGGGACUGUACCGAUAAUUGGCGGAACAACACCACUCACUCCGCAACAACUAGGAGUGAUGGGAAUGGAAGCAUUAGAGACCGUGAUUAGCUACUGGGAGGAUGCUUUAGUAGGUCGAAACGAUGUUGACAUACCAAACAGAAUCACUGCUGAUCAAGAAGAAUUUUGUCGAGAAUUGCAAAAUUUACUCGACGCAGCCUACAAUCUGCAAGAACAGGGUGAACUGUUGUUUCUGGAUGAACGGUCGGUCUUAUUUCGAGAAGAUGAAAAUAAAGCCGUUCGGGCGGGCAGUUUGUCCACUGGACAUCGGUCCAGUUCAGAUCCGAAUUUUGAUUCCGCUGAGAGCUUUGCCUCUGCUUUGGACCAGGUUGCUGACUUACGGGAAUUUGAAGACUAUGGUGAGAUCUAUUCUGACGUCGAAAGCUAUCCAUUGUAUCAAAGUGCACUAGAACUAUUAGACGAUCAACCCAUCCCCUGCCGAACAGUGCGUACUGACAUGGUUGGUUGCAAUUCAGAUGCCGAGUAUUAUGCGAAAUUGCAUUGCAUUCGUCUAGCAUUUCAACUGCUCUUCAAGGAUUCCAAAAACAGCCUCUGGGUUGCGGAUACCGGUCGACAAGUACUCACCGAUCUACUCUGUUUAGGAGACAAAGAUCCGAAAGACUUUCUCGUGGCAUACGAAUCGAUGCUGGAAUUUUUGCAGAAUAUGGACAAUUGGCCAGAUAUUGAGCGAGAAUUAGAAUCCCGAAAUGUUAAAGCUAUGACAUUUUACGAUGUGGUACUAGAUUUUAUUAUUUUGGAUGCGUUCAGAGACAUCGACUCACCUCCGAACAGUGUUUUAGCAGUCACAAAUAACCGAUUCCUUUCGAAUGGCUUUAAAGAAACAGCACUCACGACGGCAGUGUGGUCGGUAUUAAAAGCUAAGAAACGUAUGCUUAAAUUUCCAAAUGGGUUCAUGUCUCACUUCUACUGCAUUACGGAACAAUUGUCUCCGCUCAUGGCCUGGGGAUUUUUUGGGCCUGAUGAAAACUUGAAAGAAGUGUGCAAGUACUUCAAAGAACAAGUAGUUAGUUUUAUGGUGGACAUCUACAACUUCCAUAAGUGUCGAUACACUACGGUGGAAGAGCUCGCAGAGGACAUUUUGAGUAACAUGAAAAUGAGGGUGAACAACAUAGGUGUAAAGUUCAAUCAAUAGUAAUAUGGUAUUGAUUGUUUUUAUGUUACUGUUGGUUAUUGUUAGUGCAUUGAAUCGUUCAUUUUAUCACAGGUUGACCGAUUUGUUUUCAAAAUUUUCGUACAGAAUAAGUGAAUUAUUCUUUUGGACAGAUGUGUCAAAAAAUAUUGUUUCCUAGACAUCAGUAACGAACAAAAAUAAGACUUCAAUUAUAGAUUUAUACGAUUCAACCAUUCUUAGUAGUACACAUCUUUAAGAAAUUGGGUGAAAUAAAGAGAUAGUUAUUCUUUAAA